AUGGUUCGUCCAAAAUUAAUCUUAAAGCCAAUCCCAAAUGGGAGAGAUCGUGAUUUGGCUUUCACGAAGAGAAAGAAGGCACUAAUGACGAAAAUGACUGAAUUUUCUAACGUGUGUGGAGUCAAAGCUUGCAUGAUUAUGUAUGAUGGCAAUUAUGGUGAUGCUCCACCACUGACUUGGCCCCAAGAUGACCCUAUUGAGGUGCACUCCAUCAUUAAAAGGUAUGAGAGUAUAAAGAAUGAGAAACAUCCUAAGAACUUUGAUCUGAAUAACUUUUUUGAGAUUAGGAAGAAUAUGGUUGACAAUGAUAUUUCCAAAGUCCAAAAAAGAGACCCUCAAGAUCAAAUAUCCAACUUGGCAUUCAAGCUUCAACAACCUAGGUGUAGAGGAGCUGAGGAAUUUCAUUGA